AAGAGAUAUAUCAUUUCGGCCCAAAAGUUAUAUAUAUAUAUAGCAUUUUAGGUUUUUGAUCAAACCCUAGUUCUCUUCCUUACCUUUGCUGCCGACUGGUUUUUAUUAGAUUUUUGAUCAAACAUCAAAGCCAAAAUGCAGAACGAAGAAGGAAAGAUUACCGAGCUUUACAUUCCUAGGAAGUGCUCUGCCACAAAUCGACUCAUUACUUCCAAGGAUCACGCCUCGGUUCAGAUUAACAUUGGGCACUUGGACGAGAAUGGCAUCUACACAGGCCAAUUCUCCACUUUUGCUCUCUGCGGUUUCAUCCGUGCUCAGGGAGAUGCAGACAGUGCAUUGGAUAGGUUGUGGCAGAAGAAGAAAGCCGAAGUUCGCCAACAGUAGAAAAUCCAAACCUUCUUCUACUUGAAAUAUUAUGUUUCUAAUUAAGUUAGUGUUUCAUUGAGAAUUUAUGAAUAUUGAGAGAGCCUAGCCUGCCUUUUGCUGCUAAAAUUUGUAGUUUUUGUUGGAAUCUUCAUGUGGUGAAGCUGGUUUUUGAUAAUUUCUUCGUGGAUUCAUAUUUGUGCUCUUCGGUUAAUCCAUAUUUUUCUAGCACUUGGGGAUUUUUUUCCUCUUUUAAAA